GGUUGCCUUCUUUCGGAAAUCUGGUCACCAGAUCAGUUUUAUUCGAUGUUGGCUACGCUUAUCCGAAAAGCAGUAAGUACUGUUCACGAAACGAUAGGCGAAAGUGUUGCCAGUGUAAAUUUUAUGUCCGAACUCUUUUCAGAUCCAAAUGGUUCACUCUUUGGCCUUCUCAUGACUGAAAUUCGACGUAAGGUGCCGAAUAUUUGUGUUAUUUCGGACAGCACGAUUGUGCGUGAUCGGGCUGACAUUAAUCGAGAUUUAAACAUCGACUUAACGGCCUCUGAUGAGGACUGCGACUUGGACGAAAGUAUUGAUUCCAUGAAAGGAUUUGCCAAUCGGCGAAGCGUUUUUCCUGUGGAAGCUGUGCGGAAGCAGUGUCGAGACUAUUCUUAUAAACCACGGCAUCGUAAAGGCUAA